AUGGCGGAUUCAGGGGCGAGACGCACAGAGGGAGGACAGGGGUUCCCGAGACUUUGUGUUCAGGGCUCUGGUGGAUCAGAGAGUGCCCUUGAGCGACAGGGUCAGCGGGUGGGGACCCACGGCCCGGCAGCGGCGGUUACAGUCUCCGGGGCGCGCGCCCCUGCCCCGCGGGCUCAGCGCGCCCUCGCGGGCGCCCGGCCCCACCCCGCCCGGAGCCGCAGCGCCCCACCUGCCCUCGGGGUAACGGUUUCCCGGCGCGCGGACUCCGACCCGCCCCCCGGCCCCCUCCCGCCCCCCCCUCCUGCGCCGCCGCCGGCGGAGCCGGGCUCGGCCCCGGCUGCCCAGCGCUACCCGCCGGCGCUGCCCGCGCCGCCCGAGUGCCCCGAGCGCGCCGCGGGGCUGCGCGACCCGCCGGCGGAGCUGCCCCCGCGGCGCAGGGGCGCGGACGCGCUGCCCCCGCCGCCGCCGCCGGGGCGGCCCUCCGGGCAGGAGGUGGCGGCGGCCGGCGACUGCGGGGAGGGUCCGCGGCGCCCCCCCGAGGCGGCAGCCCUGGAGGCGGCGGCGCGGAAGGGCGGCCCCGGGGAGCCCGAGGCCGGCGCGGGCCGGGAGGGAGAGCGGCGGGGCGCGGGCGACCAGCCGGAGACGCGCUCGGUGUGCAGCAGCCGCAGCAGCAGCAGCGGCGGCGGCGACCAGCGCGCCGGGCACCCGCACCAGCACCACCAGCCCAUCUGCAAGAUCUGCUUCCAGGGCGCCGAGCAGGGGGAGCUGUUAAAUCCUUGCCGAUGUGAUGGGUCCGUUCGGUACACACAUCAGCUGUGUCUGCUAAAGUGGAUCAGUGAGAGGGGUUCCUGGACCUGCGAGCUCUGCUGUUACAGAUACCAUGUGAUAGCCAUUAAAAUGAAACAACCUUGUCAGUGGCAAAGCAUAUCUAUAACACUGGUUGAGAAAGUUCAGAUGAUUGCUGUAAUCCUAGGAUCCCUGUUCUUAAUAGCGAGUGUGACCUGGCUCCUCUGGUCAGCCUUCAGCCCCUAUGCCGUGUGGCAGAGGAAGGACAUCCUUUUUCAGAUCUGCUAUGGAAUGUAUGGUUUUAUGGAUCUAGUGUGCAUAGGUCUCAUUGUGCACGAAGGAGCCGCCGUGUACAGAGUCUUUAAACGCUGGCGAGCCGUUAAUUUGCACUGGGACGUGUUAAAUUACGACAAAGCCACCGACAUUGAAGAAAGUAGCCGGGGGGAGUCUUCUACAAGCAGGACUUUAUGGCUGCCGCUGACGGCGCUGCGGAACAGGAACUUGGUGCACCCCACGCAGCUCACCUCCCCGCGGUUUCAGUGCGGCUACAUGUUGUUACAUCUGUUCAACCGGAUGCGGACACACGAAGACUUGUCAGAAGACAACAGCUCCGGGGAGGUGGUGAUGAGAGUGACUUCAGUGUGACAAAAGCGUAAGACGGGCAGGGUGGGCCGCCCCCACCCCUCCACGCAUUCUGGAAUGUAAUUGCAAUGAAUGGCGAAACCCAUAGCACUUCUAAAAACACACAUCUAUGAACUUUUUAAAAUUUAUGCUUUUUAUAUGAACAUUUGAAUUGCAAAUACAUUUUUCUGACAAAAAAAGAGUCUUCUUGUUCUUUGUUUUCUGAUUGAUCACAUCUUUUAUAAGUUGGUACUUGAAAUCAUUAUACGUAUAAUUUGACUCUACUUGGUUAAAAGAAUGAUGAAAGUUAUCCUUAAGGCCAAAACUAUUUUUUCUUGCUUGUU